UACAAUUAUUUGGUCCAUCGCUAAAACAAACCAUUCGCAAUAUCUGAAAACUUUUGUGGAAACCAUGAAAAAUGGCAAAGAAUAAAUCGACGGUGUACCUGGGCUACGAGGAUGAGGAGGUUACAGCCAAGCAGGAGCAGUUCCUGAACAGCUGCACCAACAAAAUCGGCGGCACACCAGACUGGCCAAGACAUGAGUUGACGAUUCCGACCUGUCCACUGUGCGGUGCAGUGCGUCCGCUGAUCGUACAGAUGUACGCCCCUCUGGACCGCUCUCAGUUUCACCGUAGCCUGUACGUCUUCGGUUGCGUGAGUCCCGCAUGCUCGCAGAACUCCAAGAGCUGGACAUGUGUGCGCACCCAGCACCUGGAUCACCAGUUUGAGGUCAUCAGUGAGCAGUCGCCCAAGGCCACGCCCACAGGAAAGCAGCACUCAAAGAAGAAGAGCAAGUCCUCCGGAUUGCAGGCGGUCAACUGGUGUAGUGGAGCGGACGAUUGGGGCGACAGUCAAGGUGAAGCCAACUCUGUGCCGCUCGACGAAGCCAUGGACAUCACCGCUGACGAAGAGCAAAACGAGCGGAAUGGAAAUGUGCGGCCAAAUGCUUUGCAAUAUGCAAAGGGCGAUGUAAAACUGGAGGAACCAGUUAAAUUCGAGCAGGUUAAAAUUGGCGGCGAUGAUGAGGACGACGAAGACGAAAGCACCUCAGUUGAGAACGAUUUGAUCUCAGGCUUCCAUCAAAUUGACAUGAUCUCACCUCAAAACGCCGAGGAUGAUCCAAAUGCCAACUGUGCAGCAGCCGCUGCUCCCAGUUUGGAUGUUGCAGGAGCCAGUGCCGCUACCGCAGCCAUUUGCGCCGAGAUCGAAGGUCCCGAAACGGAUCUGGUGCUGGUCGAUACGCCUAAGAAGCCGGAACGCGACCUAAUUGCCUUGCUAAAGCACACUUCGCUCUCGUUGUCGCAAAUAAAGGAUCUCACUCUGAAGUCCUACUACAUUGCCGUUGAUGUAGAGAGCAAGACUCAAGUUGAAGAAUACGAAAACUAUGGCGGAGCUCUGUCCAUGGACCACAUUCGUGAUUUGUACCAGGAGUACAAGCUGAGGGACGAAGAUGCGGCACAUUCUCCCACGGGUGCCUCUGGAUCUGGCGAACCGGGUGAUGAGCACGAGUCCUACGAGAAGGCCCUACCCGCCCAUGGCGACAUAGUGUUUCACAACUUUAUCACUACCAUCCAGCAGAAUCCGGGCCAAUUGUUAAGGUAUUCCCGAGAUGCGCUACCUCUCUUGGUGGCUCCACUGACGGAACCACUGCCCAAGUGUCAGAACUGCAAGGGCGAAACCAUCUGCGAGGUGCAACUGCUGCCCACACUCAUUCCCAAGCUGCGCUUCCAGUUGAACGGCUGCAAUGCACCAAUUGAGUUCGGCAACGUGCUGGUUUUCACCUGCCUAAAGAGCUGCUGGGACACGCCCGACCUAAUGCGCUACGAGCACAUUGUGGUGCAGUCCGAAUCUUAGGACGGCUUCCGGCCAUUUUGAAAAGCCAUAGAACCCACUCGCUGUAGCAGCUAACGGUUGCAGACCGGUGCAACGAAUUUUUAACGCAAACUGCAGAGGAAAAGCUAAGCUUCUCGAUUAUCCUAGGAAGAUUUUAUGCUCUAGUUGUUAAGAACGUUGUAAGCUUUUAGACACUCCGAUAAGGAUAGUUGCUAAUAAUAUCUCGUUAUUUUCACUCCCCCUCUAACAGGGUUUCAAA